GGCGGCGUCCAACCCCGGAAGCGAAAUCCCACGGUUCCGUGCAGUUCCUCCGGCUUUCUCCACCCCCUCCCCGGUGCAUCCUGCCUGUUCUGGGGUCCAGAAGCGUGUUACAGGGCGGGAUGGGCGGGAGAGCAGAGCCACGGCCUCUGCGGAGCAAGUGAAGAGCUGCGAGAAGUUCCCGGGGCGGCGCGCCUAGCCACGCAGGGGCGGUGGGAGCGCGGGCCCGGCCCCCGACGAGCGCGGACGGCAGAGCCGCCGCCUGACCGCGUGGCGCCCCACCACUGCGGCCGCGUCACCCUCGCCCCCCGGGGUCGCCAGCGCUGGCCCGAGCUCCUACUGACGGCACACUGAGCCCGGCGCACUUGCCGGCCUCGUCUCCAAUGAUUCAGAAGUCACGCCCGGCGCUGCUGCAGCCUCAAGAUGUCGGAGACAGGGUGGAGACGCUUAUGCUGCAUCCGGUGAUCAAAGCUUUCCUGUGUGGCUCCAUCAGUGGGACCUGCUCCACCCUCCUUUUCCAGCCCCUAGACCUCCUCAAAACUCGCCUGCAGACUCUCCAGCCCCCAGCCCAUGGAUCCAGGCGUGUUGGGAUGCUGGCUCUUCUCUUGAAGGUGGUUCGCACGGAGAGCAUUCUGGGCCUUUGGAAAGGGAUGUCUCCUUCCAUCGUGAGGUGUGUCCCCGGCAUUGGUAUCUACUUCGGCACCCUCUACUCCUUGAAGCAGUACUUUCUGCGAGGCCAUCCACCAACCGCCCUGGAGUCGGUCAUCCUGGGAGUGGGCUCUCGCUCAGUUGCAGGGGUCUGCAUGUCACCCAUCACUGUGAUCAAGACCCGUUACGAGAGCGGGAGGUAUGGCUAUGAGAGCAUCUACGCAGCCCUGAAGAACAUCUAUCGCAGCGAGGGGCACCGGGGACUCUUCAGUGGCCUGACAGCAACACUUCUGCGUGACGCACCCUUUUCUGGAAUCUACCUGAUGUUUUACAACCAGACCAAAAACAUCAUGACCCACGACCAGUUGGAUGCAGUCCUUAUUCCUGUUGUAAAUUUCAGCUGUGGGAUCUUUGCUGGUAUUCUGGCCUCCCUGGUAACUCAACCUGCGGAUGUCAUCAAAACUCAUAUGCAGCUCACCCCAAUGAAAUUUCGGUGGAUUGGCCAGGCGGUGACCCUCAUUUUCAAAGAUUAUGGGCUGCGUGGCUUCUUCCAAGGUGGCGUCCCCCGGGCCCUCCGCAGAACUCUGAUGGCAGCAAUGGCAUGGACAGUCUACGAGGAGAUGAUGGCCAAGAUGGGCCUGAAGUCCUGACCGAGAGGGGCCUGGGGACAGAUGGGCUCUGUUGCCUUGCCCGGCUCUUGCCAAGGGCUGCUCCGUCUCACUGUCCCGGAGUUAGAGGAUGUCCUGUCUGGAAAGCCAGGCAGCUACGUCACCUUCAGUUACCCAGUUUGAGUAGAGAAUAGAUGGGCCCGACUCAAGCCUUCAGGAUCUCCCGAAAGAGGUGUUACUGAUGCAUACCGCGCGCUAGGGAGUUAGGAGAGGGUUUGCCCAUCCUGCAGUACUUCUUAAAAAGGGGUUUCUGGAGAGAGCUCUGUCAGGUGGCUCCGCUUCACCUACACCCACCUACACCAGGCUGCCGUUUGGAUCUGUCCUUGGGCAAGGAAUCGCACCGCCAGAGAAUCCGCGGACUGGCGCUGCGGCCGAGGCGCUCCAGUGGGGGAAGCCCAUCUGCUGGGAGAGGGGUCCUUGUCACCAGGCUGAAGGCUGUGUCUGGGGUGCUGUUAGGAUGAGGGGAAAAAAGAUGUUGCUACUUAACUGGUGGUUACUUAAUCACCUGGAGAGCCUCUAAAGAAGUGGGGACAGUGGCUUCUUAGCCUCUAAGUGUCCAAAUAACGUUUUUUUGUUCUUGGCCUCUGCCCUGUUUUAAUUCUGAAUUGUUCUGGCUUUUUUUUUUUUUUUUUUUUUUCUGCUGCUAAAAUUCACAUAAAUAAAGUGAAGCACUUUAUCACUGAAAACUGUUUGGAAAACCUCAA